GGGUGACUGAAAGUCAGAGUAUCACUCAAGUCUAGUCAGAUCAGAUCCUCAGUCGGUGUUCAACUUUCUCCAGGUGCGCCCAUGUUGCUACGGACGGUGCUGGUGUGUCUGGUACUGGGGUCGGCCCCCCUCGCCAUGCCGGCCCCCAGCCCCCAAAGAGGGGGCUUUGAGCUCCCCGUACAACUUGUGGGGUUCCCCGUCAUCAUUAUUGCCGUCAGGAUCAGCCGAUUCGUCAAACAGCUGAGCUACGCGCUGAAUCCACAGACGUACCGGUCGGCCGCUGGGGCGAGUACCCGCCAGACCCGCGACAUCCACUCCCUGGGCCUGGACGCACCUGGGCUGGACGUGGCCGAGGUAGAGAAGCGGCUCGUGGCUGAGAUGGGCGAAGGAGUCUGUGUGUACGAGAGGGUAUGCGCUCACUACGCGCAGCUGGCUCAUAGGAGGAAGACUGAUAAUCAUGCUUUGGACUGGGAACACAUCUUCAGUCGAUACAAGACUUCUCCAGACAGCAAGAAGCAGUUCUACAUCCUAAGUGUGUUCCUGGGUGACAUAAUAGCUUCUCCAGGGCUCUGCCACCAGCUGGCCAAGCGAGGAAGAAGUUGUGGUGGAGACCUGGACGCAGAAGAUUAGGGCU